AUGCUCCAAACCGGUCUCAACUUCGCGGCAGCGAGGCAAAGCCUCCUUCGCUUUGCGCUGAACCGACCUUUGCCUCGAACAUAUGCGACCAUCAGGCGUUCCAACGAGACCACAGCCAGUCCGAAAGAGCUGGCCGAAAACCCCGAGGCCCAAGCUGCUAUUCUACGAGUAUACAAGCCCCGAUCACCCGGUGUAAGACAUCUCAAGCGACCAAUCAACGAUCAUCUCUGGAAAGGACGACCUUUCCUCCCAUUGACAUAUCCCAAGAAAGGUCAAGCCAAGGGUGGUCGUAAUGUUUCUGGAAGAAUCACUGUACGACACCGUGGUGGUGGUGCAAAGAGGAGAAUAAGAACUGUUGAUUUCAUCCGUAAUCGACCGGGCCCUCAUUUGGUGGAGCGCAUCGAGUAUGAUCCAGGACGAAGUGCGCAUAUUGCUCUCGUCACUGAAAAGGCGACCGGACGCCACACCUACAUUCUUGCCGCUGAUGGACUGAGGUCUGGAGAUAUCGUCCACAGCUACCGCGCGGGUAUUCCUCAAGAUCUUCUCGACAGCAUGGGUGGUAUUAUCGAUCCUGGUAUUUUGGCUGCCAAGACAGCCUUCCGUGGCAACUGUUUGCCCAUGCACAUGAUUCCUGUUGGUACUACAGUGUUUGGUGUCGGAUCAGCUGCCAGGCGAGGCGCAGUCUUCUGCCGUAGUGCUGGAACUUCAGCUGUAGUGGUUAACAAGAACGAAGAGACAAAGGAUGAUGGUACCAGGGUCAUGACUGGCAAGUAUGUCGAGGUGCGACUUCAGAGUGGUGAAGUCCGACGAGUCAGCAAGGAUGCCUGUGCUACCAUUGGUGUCGCGAGUAACAUUCAUCACCACUACCGUCAGCUGGGUAAGGCUGGACGAAGCCGAUGGCUCAACAUUCGACCCACAGUUCGUGGUGUUGCUAUGAACAAGGUUGACCAUCCUCACGGUGGUGGCAGAGGUAAAUCGAAGGGUAACCGUCACCCUGUAUCCCCCUGGGGUGUUCCUACCAAGAGUGGUUACAAGACCCGACGCAAGCACAACAGAAACAAGUGGGUAGUUGUGCCUCGACCCAGAAACAACGGAAAGCGCCGAGACAAGGCCAACUAA